GCUGCAUAGAGACAGCUUGGAACAGCCGCCGAGGGAGCAGAUUGCGGGAGGGUGUCGUUUUUGGACGGAGAUACUGUCGAACAAAAUGGGAGUCGAGAUUGAGACAAUAACCCCGGGCGAUGGAAGGACUUUCCCCAAAAAAGGACAGACGUGUGUGGUGCAUUAUGUCGGCUCCCUCACCGAUGGACGCAAGUUUGACUCUUCCCGCGACCGUGAAAAGCCCUUCAAGUUCAAGAUUGGCAAACAGGAAGUGAUCCGUGGCUGGGAGGAAGGGGUAGUGCAGAUGAGCGUGGGGCAGCGGGCAAAGCUGACCUGCACUGCUGACUACGCGUAUGGCAACAAGGGGCAUCCAGGGAUCAUCCCGCCCAACGCAACCCUAAUCUUCGAUGUGGAGCUGCUCAGCCUGGAGUGAAAGCGCUUCUCUUCAGCCUCUCUUUUUGUUUGUAUUUUUUGUUGUCUCCUACCUUGGACACUUGUAAAGAAGCUAGGGGAGUCUGCACUUGAUUCUUUAAGAGUCCCGAGUCUAAUCUUCCACCACUUGGGUCACUAUUUUAUCCGUAUAGAUCUGUGUUUUUGUCAGUGACUGUUAUUAUCCUCCCUCCACACUCUUCCUAUAAAACUAUGGGCCAUAACCUAACAAACCUCGUGAUGUUCUUAAUCUUAAAUACUUAAAUUGUGGAUUUUUUUUUUUUUUUUUUUCUGUUCUAGUUUGUGCAUGAUCAAGUGUAACUACAACAUACCAAUGAACCAUUGAGCAGAGAUCUCGUUUACACAGCAAUGCACAUUCACUCACUGAUUUUUCCACUGAAAGGGUUGUCCAUGUGCAAGCAACCAUGUUUGACUUUGAGUUCAAGAUGUAAGGGUAACGAAAAGCACACGUUGGCAUUCAUACCUCCUCCCAUCUGGAGAAUAGAACAAAAUAUGAAUUUAGCGUAGGAGCGUGAAGGUCUAGCCUGUACUGUUAGCUUGCAUAGAGGUGUAGCUUUGAAUCAUCAUGGUCUAUCCUUUAUGAUGUCAAUCAGGAACUCCUUUACAAUGUUAAUUAGAAAUGAAGUUGUAUUUUCUUUUUUAAUUCUGCCCCUCCUAUCUGAAUUAGGUAGUUGUGAUUAGUGUCUGUCCAUACACUCAUGGUUUAGUUUGGUAGCGAGUCCCAGCAUCCCUGACCCUAGUGCCUCUUCAUAAAACAGCCCAAUGACAAUGAUGUCACAGAGGAACAGUCUUGCUGCAAAAUGUGUCUAAUGUCGUGUUGCCUCAAAUUGAGAAAAUUAAUCCAAAUAGGUCAGAUAGAAGGAGAAACAAAACAAAUUGCUGUCUUUUUGGUGGAUAUAACUUCGCUUUGUAUUAAUCAAAUAAAUCAAGGUUUUGAAAAUGGAAACGAUAUCAAUAUACUUGCUAAUAAAAACAACUGUUUAGUGAUACUUGGACUUGGACAUUUUAACACUGAAAUCAGACUAAUUUUGCAGCCACUCAUUGAACGGACAGGGGCUGUGCAUGUUCCAUAGUCAAGUCCUCUACUGAGUUGACUUUCACUGUGCUCAACUUUUUCCAAGACAUUUUAGCGACUUUAGUAUUCAUCUGGGUAUGUGUGCACAAUGGUACACACUAAAUUGUGUUUUUUUUCCUGCAGAAAUGUUUUUGCUAAAGUGGGGAAGUAUCUUGCAAUUGUGACCUCCCCCACCUCAUUUACUUUAACUACUUGCCAUCAUUUAUAUAUCUCAAAUGCCAACUUUCUAACACAAAGAAAUACUAUUCUACAGUUGGACUUUAAAUUAUACAUUUGUUUUUUUGAAAGCUGCCACUAUCAAUACUGAUGUGGGACACAUUGCCUAAACAAGUUGUUUGUAAACAAAUUGUUUGUUUAGUCCAAAUGACAGCUAGGGCAACAAUGUUUUGUAUGAAUAAAUGUUUUAAUGAAGAGUUAACAUAAAAAUAUAGCUUAAGGAGAUGCUGGCCUUUGCUACUGUUGAAAUUCAAGCUAUCUGGAUAUGUGGCUUCAAGGGUCCUUUGCUGCACUGUUCAUUCGUGUGCUCAGUAACUAGCGCAGGCAAAAACCAAUGAUUAAAUCAAAAUGUGCUGUUGCAAUAAAGUGCUUUCUACCUGCUUUGA